AACAUGCACUAGUUCGAGAAACAGAGAGAGAGAGAGAAGAAGAAGAAAUGGCUGCUUCAGUGAUGCUUUCAUCGGUGACGUUGAAACCGGCGGGUUUCACGGUGGAGAAGAUGUCGGCGAGAGGAUUACCGUCGCUCGCAAGAGCUCCUUCCUCGUUCAAAAUCGUCGCUAGUGGCGUUAAGAAGAUCAAGACCGACAAACCCUUUGGAGUUAACGGCAGCAUGGACUUGAGGGACGGCCUCGACGCCUCCGGCAGGAAGGGCAAGGGAUACGGUGUUUACAAAUUCGUCGACAAGUACGGAGCUAACGUUGAUGGAUACAGUCCUAUCUACAACGAGGACGAGUGGUCAGCGAGUGGUGAUGUCUACAAGGGAGGAGUCACCGGGUUAGCAAUCUGGGCGGUGACACUCGCCGGAAUUCUUGCCGGAGGAGCUCUUCUUGUGUACAACACAAGUGCGCUAGCUCAGUAAAUCUAUAAGAUAUGUGUGUAACUCAUGUUUCUCUAAAUGCUUUUGUGUUAUUGUUCUUAAUGAGUUAAUGUUGUUGAAAAACUCAUAACAUACUUUGAAUCUAUAAGAAUUCUAGCUAGUGUUUGUAUA